GCCAACUUUCGCCCGUCUAUGCCAAAGCCUCGGCGGCGACCCCGCCCCAAGGGCCCGCCCCAUUGGCCGCCGCCUUUGUGACGUCACUGCAUGCAGCCCCACCCCCUCCCGUCCCUUCCCGGGGCUGCCCGCUUCCUGUCCCUUAGUUAGUCCGACGCCGACUAUAGAGCAAUAAUGCGCACUGCAUGCGAAGCUGCCGCCGCCUCUAGAGUUACUGAGAAUCAGGUAGGCAGGUAUGAGCUGAGGGGCCUAGAGUCUUUGGAGACAUGCCGUCAAACCAGGUCAUCCCAGAGCAAGCUGUGUGAACCCUGGCAGGAGACAGGUCUGCCCAGACUUCAUCAAGGUGGACGGCCCAGGAGCCUGAGCUGCAAGAGGUGCCACCGCCUGCAAGAUUCUUUGUUCAGCUCUGACAGUGGCUUUAACAACUACCGUGGGAUCCUGAAUUGGUGUGUGGUGAUGCUGAUCUUGAGCAAUGCACGGUUAUUUUUAGAAAACCUCAUCAAGUACGGCAUCCUGGUGGAUCCCAUCCAGGUGGUGUCUCUGUUUCUGAAGGACCCCUACAGCUGGCCCGCCUUGUGUCUGGUUAUUGUGGCCAAUGUCUUUGCUGUGGCUGCGUUCCAGGUGGAGAAGCGCCUGGCGGUGGGUGCCCUGACGGAGCAGGCUGGGCUGCUGCUGCACGUGCUCAACCUGGCCACCAUCCUCUGCUUCCCGGCAGCCGUGGCCUUGCUGCUCGAGUCCAUCACGCCAGUGGGCUCCGUGCUGGCUCUGAUGGUGUACACCAUCCUCUUCCUCAAGCUCUUCUCCUACCGGGACGUCAACCUGUGGUGCCGAGAGCGGAGGGCACGGGCCAAGGCCAAGGCUGCUCCCGCAGGUAAGAAGGCCAACGGGGGAACUGCCCAGCGCAUGGUGAGCUACCCGGACAACCUGACCUACCGAGACCUGUACUACUUCCUGUUUGCCCCUACUCUGUGCUAUGAGCUCAACUUUCCCCGCUCUCCCCGCAUCCGAAAGCGCUUCCUGCUGCGGAGGCUCCUUGAGAUGCUGUUUUUGACUCAGCUGCAGGUGGGGUUGAUCCAGCAGUGGAUGGUCCCCACCAUCCAGAACUCCAUGAAGCCUUUCAAGGAUAUGGAUUACUCCCGCAUCAUCGAGCGCCUCCUGAAGCUGGCGGUCCCCAAUCACCUAAUCUGGCUCAUCUUCUUCUACUGGUUCUUCCACUCGUGCAUGAACGCCGUGGCCGAGCUCAUGCAGUUCGGAGACCGGGAAUUCUACCGGGACUGGUGGAACUCGGAGUCUGUCACCUACUUCUGGCAGAACUGGAACAUCCCGGUGCACAAGUGGUGCCUCAGGCACUUCUACAAGCCCAUGCUCCGACGGGGCAGCAGCAAGUGGGUGGCCAGGACUGGGGUAUUCUUCGCCUCCGCCUUCUUCCACGAGUACCUGGUGAGCAUCCCGCUGCACAUGUUCCGCCUCUGGGCCUUCACGGGCAUGAUGGCUCAGAUCCCACUGGCCUGGAUAGUGAGCCGCUUCUUCCAGGGCAACUAUGGCAACGCAGCUGUGUGGCUGACACUCAUCAUCGGGCAGCCGGUGGCCGUGCUCAUGUACGUCCACGACUACUAUGUGCUCCACUAUGAGGCUCCUGUGGUGGGGGCCUGAGCUGCCCCGGCUGGUCCUCAUGGCCACCUCCUCACCUCACUGCCCAAGGCCAGAGCCAGCCCCCACCUGCGUGCUGGGGAGGGAGGCUGGCUCUCCACUGCCUCCUACCAGCCCCCAGAAGGCCUCUCUGCCCCUAUGGGGCUCCCUCCUGCCCCACUCAGGGAAUGGCAGACCGGGCACAGGCCAGGGCCCAGGGACCUGUGCCAAUCUGCCCAGGGGUUGAGGGAAUCAAUAAAGUGCUGUCCAGAGUGGUUGCCCUCAGCCUGCUGGGGUUGUGGGGUGCUAGUGGCGCUCUCGGGAGAGGGUCUGCGUCCCGCUGGCCCUGUCAGUGCCCACACCUCCUGGGGGUGCCAUGUCCCGGGAGGCAGCCACGGUGACUGAUGGAGGCCCGCUCCUCCCCGCACCCCCCACCGCCCAGCAAGGCUCAGCUGAGGUCCCACAUCCUGUCCUGUCCCCGCCCCUGUCAAUCUCGAAUGUGUGUGCGUGUGGGGUGGGAGAGCGGCUCGGAGCUGCGUGUCCCUGUGCUGGGGCCUCGGCAGGGGCCCCAAGGACCAGGACCAGCUGCUGGCUGGUAGGGCCGCGUGCCUGGGGCCGUCCCUGGGCUGUGGGGUCACAGCAGUGGCCCAUGGACCCUCGGGCAUGCUCUGGGUCUCCUGGAUGAGGCAGGUGGCCUGGCCAGCCCCUGACCUGGUGUCCCUCAGGAGCACACACGCAUCCUCUGCCCCUGCCAGGACCCCAGAGGAACCCUCAGCUCCUCUGGUUUGGGGCCUGUCCCCUCAGCUCUCCCCACCCUGGGCAGGGCAGUUCACACAGCCUCAGGAUACCCCGCUCGCAGGCCCGACCACCUGCCAAGCCUGAGAGGUGGGGACAGCCUACCUCGGCCGGUGGGCUCUCUCUACUAAAGACCCUGCGGCCAAGGCAGGGGUGUGACAAGGUGCCUGGGUGGUGGCCUCAAGAGCCCUGCAGCCCCUGCCUCCUGGUAGCUGUCACCCUGGGCCGUGCUGAGGAUGGGGGGUAGGGGACGGACGCCGGGGGCACAGAGCAUCAGGUGGGCUGCUCUGGUCUGUUGCCCCCCACCCCUCCCCUGCUCCCAAAUCAGCCCAGUGCCUUGAGACCGCGUUAAGAGCAGGGACGGCUGUGCCAGGAAGAUACACAUGGCGUGCCCGUCCACGCUCUUCACCCCCCCGCCCCGGUCCCCUUGUGGGGAGGGUGUUCCAGCGGGUCCAUCCCACUGCCCCCGUCCCAUCCUUUAAUAAAGAAUUGUGAGCCACA